GCGGCCGGGCUGGCGGCGCGGAGCUCGCGCGGGAGGGAGCCGCUCACCUGGGCCGAGCCGGAGCCGGCACCGCCAUGCGGGGGAGGGCGCCGCCGCCGCCGCCCGGGAGCAGCGCGGGCCCGGCCGCCUGAUUCGGGGGAGCCAGCGCGAGAGAGCGGAGCCGGCGGCGCUUCCUUCCCGCCCAUGGCAGCCCCAGGCGGCGGCUGCGGGUGAGGCGGGGGCCGCGGCUCGGGUCUCGGAGGGAGCGGUCGGCAGGGCCGGGCAUGGCGGGGGUCAGCUACUCGCCGCCCUGGUGGGUGAGUCUCCUGCACCGCCUGCCGCACGUCAGCCUGCGCUGGGAGGCCGCCAGCGCCGACUUCCGCCCGGAGGACGCCGAGUACCAGCAGGCCUUGUUGCUGUUUGGUGGUGUUGCUCUGUCCUGCCUUGCUCUGGAUCUCCUCUUCCUCCUGUUCUACUCGUUCUGGCUGUGCUGCCGCCAUCGGAAAAGUGAAGAGCACUUAAAUGCAGAUUGCUGCUGCACUGCUUGGUGUGUGAUCAUCGCGACCCUUGUCUGCAGCGCUGGCAUCGCUGUUGGCUUCUAUGGAAAUGGGGAGACCAGUGACGGCAUCCACCGGCUGACAUACUCACUGCGACAUGCAAACCGCACGGUGGUUGGGGUCCAAGCCCGGGUGUUGGACACUGCCGUGGCCCUGAACCAAACAGUGGAGCCGAACCUGCUGAUCCUUGAGGAGAUGUUCAUGAAACAGACUGAUUACCUGCACGUCAUCCAGAAACUCCAGGGCCUCUUGGAUGACUUGAUCAGGCAAACAACAGAGAUCCCUUUCUGGAAGAAUGAGGAACUGUCAUUAGAGGAACUGGCUGUUCAGAUUGAUCUAUAUGACUGGUACAGGUGGCUGGGAUACCUGGGCCUACUUCUGUUCCAUGUCCUGAUCUGUUUGCUGGUGCUCUUUGGACUAAUUAGAAAUUCCAAGGCUAUUCUCAUUGGGGUAUGUCUUCUAGGGGUGCUUGCUCUAAUUGUCAGUUGGGGAUCCUUGGGUCUGGAGCUGGCUGUUGCAGUGGGCUCCAGUGACUUCUGCGUUAACCCUGAUGCCUACAUCUCUAAAGUGGUGGAGGAUCAUGGAGUGCUCAGUACUGAUACUCUACGCUAUUAUCUUGCCUGUAAUGCUGGAUAUCCAAACCCCUUUCAGCAGAAGCUAUCAGGAAGUCACAAAGCCCUGGUGGAAAUGCAGGAUGAUGUGUUGGAGCUGCUCAGGUCAGCCAUCAGAGAGUACCCCACCUCCAAGGAGUACCUUACUCGGAUACAGGAGGUUCUAAACUCCACCGAGAUCAAUUUGCAGCACCUGACUGCACUGGUAGACUGUCGUAGUCUUCAUUUGGAUUACGUCCAGGCUCUGACAGGCUUCUGCUAUGAUGGAGUGGAAGGGCUCAUUUACCUGGUUCUCUUCUCCUUUGUCACGGCUCUUAUGUUCAGUUCCAUUGUGUGCAGCGUCCCACACACUUGGCAGCAAAAAAGUGGGAGUUCAUGGUAUAGAGCUGCAGAAUCAACUUCCUUAUCUUAUGGUAUGUCACAUGGAAGACCUCUGGAAAUCAGUUCAAGAAAUAGAAGUACGCGGCAAAGUUCAACUUCAGUAUGGUGUAUGAGGGAGACCAGGAGCUCGGAUGAUGAUGGGGAGGAGGAAUCUGCAGCUCAGGGGAACAGACAAACCCACGAUAAUCUGUACAGGGUGCACAUGCCCAGCCUCUAUAGCUGUGGGAGUAGCUAUGGCAGUGAGACCAGCAUUCCAGCAGCAGCACACACAGUCAGCAAUGCUCCUGUCACGGAGUACAUGAGCCAGAAUGCAAACUUCCAGAACCCCCGCUGUGAGAACACGCCUCUGAUUGGCCGGGAGUCUCCACCUCCCUCAUUGUAUUUGGCUGCCAUGGACAGUAGCAGCCAUAUGAGCUGGCAGUUUAAGCCCUCGGACAGUGCACGGACGUACUGGUAACCACGCCCGCAAAUGGAACAGUACACCUCCAGCAUGAGAGCCAAAUACCUCGCUACCAACCAACCUCGCCCAGACUCUGGCAGUGUGCAUUAAAAACAUAACGCAGACACAGUAAAGCUAAACAAACGUGCCAACUGCUGCUACCCUGUGCUGUCAGUGUAGAACAACCCUGCUUUCCUGUCCCAAACCCAGCGCAACUCCUGCUUCUUCAAUACAGACCACCCCUCCAACCUGGUACCUGUGCAUUGGCAAUCUGAAUGGAAGCCCCUUUCAAAUUAAAUCUAUACCUAGUUGUACGUGGAGAGAGAGUGUGCAAGCACCUGCAGAAGAACACCAGUUUGUCUGGGAUUCACCUACUUGAGGCCAGUGUUGUCAACAGUCUAUCAGGAAACCUUUGCAAAUAGUUUUACUUCUAUCUCCCCUACCCUCUCCAUUCCACAGAGGAACUGGAUGGAAGAACGUUGCAGAUCUUCAGUUCUGUGAGGUGAUCCAGCGGAGCUGCUCAGUCUGCAGUGCACUGAAGAAGCAGAGACUCCGAGCCCAUGACUAUACUGUACAGAUCGAGAAAGCCAUGCCAAUGUACACUCUUAAAAGUUAUGUGCGCCUAGUGUUUUUAAAGAAGUCUUCUUGCCUGAUACCUUGUGUGGAGGCUCCCUUCCUGUGUCACUGAAUACCUACUUUAAGCUGGGAGUCUGACCUGGGCUCCACUCUCUCCUCUGGUGACUUUAAAUAAGCUUUUCCUUUCCCCUUUAUAACCAGCUUUUGCAUUCUUGAGGAGUAGGCGGUUUUCAGCACCAGCCAGCUGUCUCAGAUGCACCCCUGCCUGCCCAUUGCUGUGAGCCUGACCUUUCUGCUCCAUCAGGGAAAUCCCUGUACUCACAGAUGGCAUUCUGGGUGCUGCUUUUGUGAGAUUGGGUGCACACAACACACAGGAGCCAGCAACUCACUUGGUGCCAAUUUUUUCCAGGAAAAGACUUGUAAGACUUAGGGUUUUUUUGCACUAAAUAGUUUCAGAUCUCUAGGGCAAUAGCCUGGCACUAGGUCUCAUGGGACAGUCAGCUUGCAAGAGAGAUUGUAAGCUCCAUUGAAGGAGUCCAAGGAGUUACUUGUGACAGACUGCUGGACUCUUCCAUUAAUGUUUGGAGUAGAAAAGUCAAGUCCCGUGGCAUUGGCUUUAGAGGAGGAUCCUGGGGCCUUAGCCCAAAGUUCGUCAUAAGAGCAGCAAGGUUGCAGCCUCCUUGGCUCUGCGCUCCAGGAUCAGAAAACAAAAGUCUUAACACAUGAAUGUUGGGGGGGGUUGUUGGUUUUUUUUUUCUGGUCAUUAACUGCUAACCACUAACUGCCAUACACAAGGCACAUGUGAAUAAACUCCUAGUAUCUCCUAGCACACUGUGCAUGGGCCACAAGUGCAAUGGAGUGUACCUGCAGGGGGCAGCAUCCUACACCAGUUCUGUACUUCGUUGAAGAAUGGUGCUCUACAGGACAUAAACCACUUUUUACUAGAAAAGACUCCAAUGUGCAGCUGUGCGAUAAAUGGAUAUGAACUUUAUACUCCAGUAGAUCAAAGCAUAGUCCUUUCUGAAUUUUCCUUUCUGUGCAAGCUGUCUUAAUCUAGUUACUUAGGGAGACUUAAGCAAGAAACAGAAUUAAAGUACAAAAUCUCAUAAAUCUGAGGUGGGCCACAGGACAAAUGUGGUUCAAAUCUAGCACCACAAUAUCUGGAUUGCAUCAAAGGAGAACUCCUUUCUCAUCUUUUAGUUUGCUCUGUUUUGUGAAUGUCCAUAAUGUGGACCAGUCAGCCUAGCAAUCUGCCUUUGCUCUGGAUGAUCUCAUCAGACUUCUCCAGAUCUUGUCCUUUUCUCUUUACUAGGGGGUGAGUUAUCACCACUCUGGGAACAUUUUGCAUAUUCCACGGAUGAUUAACUAGGAUGCCAAUACUUCCUAUAGGGGAAGCGUACAUACUCCAAGAAAAGGGGUAUUUUGAGACAUCUCAAGGAAAUAAAAGCCACUAACGGACUAGCCUCCAACCUUUGGAGGAAUGGGGAAGAAGGAAGGAAGGAAAGUAGCACACUGACCCGUUUUUCUUGGAGAGGAGGUCUCAGGGUAAACACUAGUUAUGUUCCAUCACAGAUCCCUUUAAAACCUGGUAUGAGAGCUGCAUGUGUGGUGGGUGGUAUACGAGCAUGUGACACUGCUGGCUUACAAGCUUCUGGACCGUUGGAUGCUCUUAACAGCUGGUAUGAUUGAGUGGGGAAAACUGAAACCACACUUUGUCAAUUUAGAGAAACCCCCAUUUUCCCGUAGUCAAUUUGGACUAUUUCCCAUGUCUGUCAGCUAGGGGCUGCACAGACUCAAAUACUUGAGGCUUUUAGAUUUAGAAGAACUGCCCCAAAAUCUGCUGCAUGCCUCUCAGUAGUCCUUUAAGGCAAGUGUUGGAAGAGCAUAAAGCAGGAAAUAAACUUCAGUCAAACAGGUGCAGCUGUCGGCAGCUUUUGCUGUACAAAGAACACAUGGGUUUUCCUACUGGGCCUUAGGAGAAGUAGGAUGCAACAUUCCAGAGCCAGCAGUCCAAUGCUGGUAAUAACAAAGAGCCAAUACCUUUCAGUGCAGUAUCCAGGCUGGAUACUGCCUUAACUUGCUUCCUUCCCAGGCUUAGCUUAAUCAGUUGUACUGUCCAGAACGAAUUCUAACAGGGUUCAUAGGCUAUAACCAGUUGCUGAUUGGAGAUCCGUGCUCUGUGACUUUAAAGUGUAUUAAGGAAGAAUUCUGUGGGACACUGCACUCCCUGCGUGGCCAGCAGAACAAGACUGCAGUGUGAGUGGUGUGCUCUGUGUACUGUGUGGUUCCACCCAGGACUUCCUUUAAUUAACAUGGAUUUUGCACUUUUGUAAAGAGUCACAGAGCCCUGCUGUCCUACUGCAUAUUUUAAUGCAAUGUUUCUAUUUAUUUUUUUAUAUGGCACUUCUAGGGGUUAGUCCAAAUGGAUCUGCUGCAGAGCCAGUAGCAUGUGCUCAUUAGUACGGGUGUGAAGUGAUCGCUGUAGUCUAAAUGACCAGUCUGGUUGGGGGGGUGGGGGGGUGUGCGCAAACCCUGAAUGCAUGUAGGCACAGCAUGGCCGCCAAGGAGUAGACCUCUCAAAAAUUCAAGAUCUCCCAGAGUCUCUUCCCCCUUCCUCCGCCAUAGGGUGAACAGCAGGAGCUUAGUGGCAAAGAGUUGUAAGUGGCACCACUAGUUAUAGGAGGCUUAGAUACAGUGAGUAAAACUGGAGUGUCUUUUUUUUUCUCUUCUGUAAUUUGUAUUGCGUUUUAAUGUGUGAAAUGUCCAUGCCAGAUCACUCAGAAUGUGUCCCAGCUGACUUCUCAAGAGCACACAAUCAUCUCAGAACCUAGCCACGUUGUUGCUUAUUAGUACAUGGCUCCAAAAUUCAGGGGAACCGUGAGACUCUGAUCUCCGGACACCUUGCUGACGGCAAAACGGGAGGCAGCUCCUGUGUGGUUAGAAAGGUGGUAGCAGCAAAGACACUUCAUCUUUCUUUCUUUCUUUCUUUUUUUUUUUUUUUUUUUUUAAAAAAAGCGUAAACAGUCAUCGGCUUGUCUGGUUUGUUGGGUUUCUUUCCACUCCAUCUCGUACAAAUGAUGUUUUUUUGAUUUUUUGGAGCUGAGACCUUUCAAGCACACCAACAUCGCCACAAUGUGAAAUGUAAAUAGCAUGUUGGAUUCUUUUUUGUGUCCAGUGUUCAGAACUGCAUUGUAAUUGUAAAGGAAAUCGAAUCAAGACUUGGCUGUGAAUUUCUUGUGCUGUCUUGGGAAUAUAACUGUAGUGUUUGUAUCCUGUAUGUACUAUUAACUGAAUUCAUUUUAUUUGCUGAUAAAAGGGUUCAAAUGGAGAUCGCAGCAUCCAUCAUGUGACCAAACCUGCCCGGGGGGGGGGGAUUUGAUUGCCCCCCACCCUCUUUGAGUUCUUCCCAUGUGAAAGGUAUUCAUUUGUAUAGCCAGCUCUGGGCACAGAGGGGUGUCCAUCUGAGUGCUUUGAACUGGCCGUUUUGCAUGAGGGGAGUUUUUGGAAUGGCCCCAGAGGAGGAGUCACACGGAAGUUGCCCUUAGAACAUAUAAUGUUCAUGUGCACAGUCCAGGCUUUCCCAGAAAGAACAGCUUCCAUGGGCUGGCCUUGUGCUCUGCUUGUAAUUCUUGGCACUGUGGUGUGGAUAGCAGAUGGAGGCACUUGCUCAGCAGAAUCUACAAAUGCUUAUGUAGAUAAAACCCACCUCUGACUCCUGGGUCUGGUUUCUUCCCCCCUGCACCCCGGGAGCAGCCAAGGCUUGAAGUCAGUGCAGAGACUGCACAGUGCCCUUUUGGAGGGAGGAAAGGGAGAGUGUCACUCUGCUGACAGGGCCCCUUCAAGCUGAUUUAAGGAUAGGUGGGUUCCCAUCCUUUUGUUAGAAGGGUGGUGGUUACAUGGCAGGACCUGGGGAGCAGAGGGCUGAAUGAAAGGAAAUAAUGGAGAUCCUCAUUGUGCUGAAAGGGACAGUGUAGCUUUGGGGGAGAAGGAAACUCUCCUCCCUGUGGCUUUUUCUUUCCCUGCAUUGCAAGGUCCUUCAUUACCAGGCAGGAUAUACCUGGAUAGUAUUGGAGCAUCAUGCAGGAAGACAUUGACUCCACAACCGGGAACUCCAGGAUCUGUUCCCUGAACGUGGCCAGAAAUCCAAAAGGAGCUGAGAGGGAGGGAGUGCAUAUUGGCUAUCCUAGCACUCCUUCCCUCUAGCCGGGUGGCGUAUUCUCCCGGGUGGCGUAUUUCUGCCAGAGCAGCAUGGAAGAGCUGGGACUGUGGGUGGGAGGCACUGUGGAGACUCUAUUUCAGAGAGAGCGAAGCUCCUUGCUAGAGGCAGCCUGCAGCAAGGAGUCUUGAGAGAAGCCAGGCUUCCAACCGCCUGCACUGCACCAAGAAGCCACACUGUCCCACAACUGUGCAGGGACACCAGCAAACAGUCAGGUGGAACAUUACCCCUCCAAUCACUAGGACAGACUCUGCUGCUUGUUGAGAAAGAGGACUUGGCAGGGCUCCCCACCCGGCCCUGCAUUUUACCCAAGAUUCACUUUGCACUCCCAAUCUCCCCUUCUUUAACUAGAGGCUGACAUCGGGGAGUGACCUAUGCACGGUUGGCGAGGUAGCAUCAGGAGGCAGAAAAUUCUAAAUGUUAUCAGUUCCUAAACUCUGAGAGCAGGCUGACCUUCCAAACAGAUGAGUGGAGCCUCCUGCUGCCCCUCUUCUGUCAGUGCGUGGCUCCACCAAGUGUGGAGAGGGAGAGUUGGCAAGUGGUUAAAGCACAGGGCUGGUAGCUGGGACUCAUAGCAAACAAGCAGCAGUCUGGAAUAAGAGCUAUGUGACUUUGUGGGCAAAUCACGUAGCCUCUCUGUGCCUCAGCUUCCCGUUGUAAAAAUGGGGGAUCAUUGACAGGAGGCAUGAUUUAAUUAUUUAUUUCUGAGAUCUCUGAAACUGCCCAUCAGUCUGAGGGCCUGGACAAAAGGAAAUGGAAACCGAUAUGCCUGACAAUAUGCGAAGUGUGAAGUUUUAUUCUAAAGAGGGUAACCCCUACCAUUAGGGUCUUUCUAGGCACUCUGCGUUCAGUACCGAAUUUCUCCUCGUAAAAUUCCAAACUCUCUCUCCCUCCCACGUUCCCAUUCCGAAUCAACCAGCAGAUGUCUCCAAAGGCCCAAGAUCCAAAGGCAGCUGAAGUCAAUGGAAAGACUCCUAUUGGCUUCAGUCAUCUUUGGAUCAAACCCUAGUGGCCCAGCUGUUGCAUCACGCUCCUCGCGUCCCUUGUUUGCAAGCGUGAGCUGGGAAGUCCCUGUGGGUUUAGUUCUCUAUCAUCUUUAAGAGGGAAGCUUUUAAUUUGUUUUUGACACUGUGCACGGAAACUUACUGGUGAACAUGUAACUGGCCUUUUUGUAAUUCUUUUGUUCUUAUUCUUAACCAUAAUGGCUGUAUAUCGUACCACUUUAUAUACAUAUAUGUAUAAUAUAUAAAUAUAUACUUUUUUUAAACCUUUGGACCUGCUAGUUCCUUUCAAGUAUUCCUGCACUUACCUAAAAUGUUUUUAAAUUGUGAGGGUUAAACUGAGGAGUGAGCCCAUUUUGUAUCUUUCCUUUUUCUUCGGUAGUUUUGAUUGUACCGUAGCUAUUUUUUACUGUAAUUUUUGUUCUGAAAAAUAUAAAAAAAAAAAAAAAAAACCCUAAAUGUAACUUGUGGUUUCUAUUCAGCUUGGGUUUAAUGUUUUAAAAUAAACAAAUGAAACUACAUA